GAUUUUCACAUACCAAAACUUUUCCUUUUUUAUUUAUGAGUUUAUUAAUCUUUGGUGGGAAUAUUUCAGUUUCAUGGUGUAAAAUCAAGUCAAGGUCACUAUAUGUAAAUUAUUUUAUUUAAAACACGUGACCUCAUCCAAAAGGACUUAUUCUAAGCAGUGUAACAUAAGUGUUCAAACAUUUAUUAUAAUAAUUUAUAUAGCUUGUUAAGUAUUCUAUGAUGACUUAUGGUGUAAAAGUUGUGUGAGAAUUGCAUCUAAAAAAAUCGGAAAUUAUGAAGACUACAAAUCGGUUGUCGAAGGUUUCUACGCGCCAACAGAGCGAAGAUUCCAUCCACAAGCAGUUGGCCGCAUUUGAACGUCUGCUUCAGCAUGCCAUGUCCAGAUUCUCCAAUGAAAACUUGUUUACCUUCCUACGUCAUGUCACGCGCUGGGCGGAAACCAAUCAGAAUGAAGAAGCCAAAAACAAAACGAGCAAAACUGCGUUUAAACUACGAUCGGUUAAUCAGUUGGAAGAAAUUGUCACAAAGAUGAAAGAUGAUAUAAAGGGUGCGACAGCUAGCGGGGAAACUGCAAAUAUCUUUAAAACAUUUGAAUUAUUUUUCAAUGAUCUGCUAUACUUGAAAGAUUUAAAGAAAUAUUUCGAUGAUGAAAUCUUCAAGGCAUUGAUGAAAUAUCACUUUGAUUCAUCUAAAGCUGACUCAAGGUCAGUGUCUCCUGCUUCGAUGAAAAGGUUUGACAAACUCGAAGAUGAUGACAGUGGAAAUGGUUCACAAAAUGAAACAGACAGAUCUAGUCGAGGACUUAACAAACAUAGACCCGUUAGAAAGAAACUACCUAACGCGACUAAGGUAUCAAACACAACAGAUGAUUCUGAAACGAAGUAUAAGAGAAUUGUUGAAGAAAUGAAAACUAUUCUUUACAAGUGGGAAGGCCUAUUGUCAGAAAGUGACCUUGACCUAAAUAACUUUGACCCAGACAGUUACCACGAACUAAUGCAGUUCAGUAACUACACCCAAUUUGAACCCAUUUUGCGACUGGUUCCUGAUAUGUUCGCCAAAUGUUACAAGUGUGUAGAUCUUGCCAAAACUUGGCUAAAACUUUCAAACAUUGUCCUCAAAGACUUGCCAUUUGUUGAACCAGAAUCGGUUGAAGCAGAAUUAGUAGAAGGAUUUAGUGAUAACGACCUGAAACUGCUUGGCAUCGAAGAUACAGAAGAAACACCACAGACCGAGGCUGAGUUCUGGGAAGAAGUUAAAAAGAUUCAAGUACAAAUACAAACAGUUGGUAAAACAAUAUCUGAUGAUGAAGACUUUUUGAAUAAGUAUCACAAAGAAAUGGACGUUCUUUCAGGAAGGGAUGAAAGAUUCUCAAAUGUUUCUUCACAAGUGGAGAAAAUAGACUCGCUCAUAACACUCGCCGCGGGUGAAUAUCAGAAGGCAAAAACGGAACAGUACGCUGUUUCAAGUAAAAUGAAGACUUGUGAAAAGGGAACACCAACAUAUAGUGAACUUAAGUCACAUCUAAAGAGAUUAGAUAGCACGGUUGCUGAGAGCCACUGGAAGGUAAAGAGACUGGAGUACGAACGGACGAUGUUACAUGAUGAUUUUAUGGUGGAGUUGGAAGUUCGACCGAGUUUCAUACAUUUUAUGGGCGACACAAAAGAGAAAAUAAGUGACCUACAACGGUUUCUUAGCGUAAAACGUGAAGAAAAACUCAAACUUGAGAAACAGCUCGCGCUAAUGAAAACAAACACGGAACGCAUGCGCAAGAUUAUGCGCAGUUACAUCGGAAGUGCAACAUCGACUCGUUCUGAGUCACGUGAUUUGAAGUCACCUGAAGAACAAUGUGUACCAAAACUUAACCUACAUGAUGGCAACGAAGCAGACGACGAUUCCAGCAGUGUGGCAGAGAGUGACCUACAAAGCGUAAAAAUGCCGACCACAAAACAAAGGAGUUGUAAAUCGAGCAUUGUCACUCAAAAGCCGAAACUAGUAAAGAGAGACAUUCGGCCUUUGUCUGAAAAGACGUCACAACAAGUGCAGAAAGAGAAAGUGGGGGCGGGCAGUCGAGUGGUGCGGGAAGGGCCCCGUGCGGCAUUAAAAACAACUCCACGUCGCGUUUGGGAGAAUGUAUGAUCAAACGCUCGGCUUGUACAUUAUUGAUUUUUUUACUUUUAAGACUUUGAAUACAACCAUCAGUUUUAGCCAAUGAAAUAGCAGAUAGGUUAACACUAAGAACAAUGUUUAAUAAUUAAGAAUUCUUGUUUAAAGGUCCACCCGCUGCCACUCAUCUGAUACAACACUCCAUUCGUCAGAAUUUGCGUUGACAAUUUGUCAACCAAUGAGGUUGUAUUCUAAGACAAUAAGAUGACCUCAAGUAAUAUUUUAAUGAUUAAGAAUGACUAUGCUGUUGCGCGGAACAUAUAACCUGUCAGCUGUAUUUGCCAACGUCAUUCAUACAAAAUCGGCGUACGCCGUUGUAGGUGGUCAUAUGACUCUACGUAUGCCGGUUACACAUAAACUGUAUACAAUUGAUACAUAAUUCAUUAGUGGUUGGCCUGUAUCUUGACACUGUUAUCCGGCUUAGAAUACAACCCACUUUUACAGCCAAUGAAAUUGCAGAUAGGCAACCAUUAAGGAGUACACUUAAUCAUUAAGAAUUUCAACUUCGCGGGUGUUUAAAGGUCCGCCCACUGCCACCAACCCAAUAGACACUCUCUGUGUCAAAUUUUGCGUUGACACUGUCUCAGCCAAUGAUGUUGUAUUUUAAGUCAGUUAGAUGACGUGAAUUGAAAUCUUCAUGACUAAGAUGGGUUCGUUCGCUCGGCUCAGUCCACAAAAUCUGAAUUCAUUAAGAUUUUAAUUCAUAUCAUCUAACUAUUACUUACAUCUGCGAACACAGCUGAUAUAUAUUAUCCUACAUGAAGCCAUAGGAAGCCGUAUCAGGCAGUCAUCAUUUCCAUUGUCGGUGACCGAUAAUUCAUGCUAUGUUUUUAACAAGUUAUUAAAUAUCCAUUAAAUACGGUCCAAACUCGCAAGUUCGAAAUCGUUGGGACCUCUGGAAAUACUUCGAGCCAACGAACAUUCAAUAAAACUGAAAUACAAAAAGUUUAUAAAUACACAUUCGAAAAAAGGAGAGAACAUCGAACAUCGAGAUAACAGAGUUCGACAUAGCGAGUUUGGACUGUAUGUCCAGAGAUUUGUAAUAACAGUACAAAACAUACGUUUUUUGUGUCUAUAUAUGUUUAUCUUUUCCUUAAAGUGACACUCUAUUCAAUAUAAAUACAUACACAUGUAUAACAAACACAUGUUUUGACUGAUAAACCUUAUUUACUAACUAAAUAAUGCAUUUAUGGAAAAUAUUAAUUACAAAUAGCAAGAUUGUAACCGUGUAUUUAAUAGCUGAAAACGCAAAAAUAUUAAAUGAUUGGUGAAUGCUAAAAGAUUUACUGUGAUCUACUAUAAUCUCGAAUGGUAGAAAUACUGUGUUUUAUGCACAUUUCUUUCAAAUUAAAAUAGGUAUCCUUCAUUAGAACCAUUGUUUUCGACAUUUAUUCAUUCUUUUUUGAAUAAUAGAACAAUAUUAUUAAUUGUGGUAAAUCUAAUGUGGGAGUAAGAGUGCAUCUUAUUAUUUAUACAAUUGUUUUUACAUAAAGGUUGUUU